AUGGAGCCAAAGGAACAGUACACACUCAGCGACUUUAAGCGCUUUGGACGCAAGGAAUUUCCCAUUGAAUUCAAAUACUUUCAAACAACCUACGCAGCAAGCUUCCAAAAAAGAACUUACCUUGACGAGAACAACGCCGUCCACAGUGUCAACGCUCUGCUCGUGGGGAAUUAUCAUAAACAGCAGGGCCCUUCAGUCUGGGCCGAAGCGACGACAACUGGUGUCAGGUAUUUCUUUGGCAACGCGGACGACUUAGUCACAACAGUAAUCACAGAGAAAAAUGUGAACCGUAUAUACUACGCCGCGCCUUACAAUCGUUGGGUAGGGUCACAAAAAGGCAGACGCAGCUCCUUAGGAAAGAAAGCCGGCCGUCACAUCGUCGAAAAAUCAUUAACGUGCUAUUUCUGCUGGCUGGUCGGCUCGACGAACAACUUCAAAUACGUUUGCACGAACAGUGCGUCUCUGCCAGAAGACCAGGAGAUCGCUCAAUCCGCCGUCUUUCACCAAGCUAGGCAUCCAUCUGUGCAGACUGAGCACAACAACAAGAAGCGCAAGAGUUCUUUGAACGACCACAACCAGCGUAUCAAGCAAGAAGACGCUGACACAGAUGGAAUUGUUGACGUGGACCAUAUGCCUCAGUCUCGAGAUUUUUCAGUGCAGCAUUCGUCUUCUCAUCCGCCUAUGCCGCACCGACCUACCGAGAGUCCUUACCAGACACCGUACCAUGAUCAACUUCGCAACCACGAAGCCGAUUUGAAGUCGAAGCUUGAGCAAGAAAAGCAAAUCCACGUUGAGCGGCUUCAAGAUCUGCAAACCAAAUUGGAUGAAAAGAAUUUGAGGAUUCAGCCAGCCGAAGAAAAGCACAUGAAAGAGAGGAAAAAGCGCAAACGAGCUGAAGAGCAAGUUGAGGGCGGCCAAAGCAACAUCGCUUUACAAUUGCAAGAGAUAGAGGCACUGAAGAACGAAAACGCUCAACUGAAGACCGAGAAUAUUGAGCUCAAGCGUCAGCACAGCAACUGGAAGGCGACAGAAGUCGAGCUAACAAGCGCCGUCGCGCACCGAAAGUACGAACUGAAAAGGGCUUCUGCGGCAAUUGCAUGUCGUAAUCAAACAAUUGCACAACUACGCGGCAGAGAAGCGCACGCUGAAUACGCCCAACAUACGAGGACAAAUGAAUGGUGA